GCGGGCACCAGGCAGGGUCUGGGCGCGGGACCAGACGCGGAGGGCGGCGAGGAGCUGUCUAGGAGGGAUCUGUGGCGGUUCUGUUUUGCUUCAGGGGUUAGCCCGAGACAUAAAGGUCUUUCUGGUUCCCUUCCAAGCCCGCUAACCUCUCACAGGUGGACUUGCAGAGGAGGUAGACGACAAAGUUCUUCACGCUGCUUUUAUUCCUUUUGGAGAUAUCACAGAUAUUCAGAUUCCUCUGGAUUAUGAAACAGAAAAGCACCGAGGAUUUGCUUUCGUUGAAUUUGAGUUGGCAGAGGAUGCUGCAGCAGCCAUCGACAACAUGGUAUAGCCCGGAAUCUUCAUUCUUACUGAAGUUGGCUUUGGUGGCACAGCGGGCUCCUUGUUCAUAUAUUGGUUUGCUGAACCUCCAAAGUUACAAGAAUGAAUCUGAGCUCUUUGGACGGACAAUUCGAGUCAAUUUGGCCAAACCAAUGAGGAUUAAGGAAGGCUCUUCCAGACCAGUUUGGUCAGAUGACGACUGGUUGAAGAGGUUCUCUGGGAAGACUCUGGAAGAGAAUAAAGAGGAAGAGGGGUCGGAGCCCCCCAAAGCGGAAGCUCAGGAGGGAGAGCGCACUGCCAAAAAGGCCCGGUCAAACCCUCAGGUGUACAUGGACAUCAAGAUUGGGAACAAGCCAGCCGGCCGCAUCCAGAUACUCCUGCGCUCAGACGUCGUUCCCAUGACGGCAGAGAAUUUCCGUUGCCUGUGCACCCACGAGAAGGGCUUUGGCUUCAAGGGGAGCAGCUUCCACCGCAUCAUCCCCCAGUUCAUGUGCCAGGGCGGCGAUUUCACCAACCACAACGGCACCGGGGGCAAGUCCAUCUACGGGAGGAAGUUCGAUGAUGAGAACUUCAUCCUCAAGCACACGGGACCAGGCCUGCUCUCCAUGGCCAACUCCGGCCCAAACACCAACGGCUCCCAGUUCUUCCUGACGUGUGACAAGACGGACUGGCUGGACGGCAAGCACGUGGUGUUCGGGGAGGUCACGGAAGGCCUGGAUGUCUUGCGGCAGAUCGAGGCGCAGGGCAGCAAGGACGGGAAGCCGAAGGAGAAGGUGAUCAUCUCCGGCUGUGGGGAGUACGUGUGAGCCGCUUUCUCCGCACAGCCCGCCAUCCGGGACCCGGCCGCCCGGGACCCGCACUUGUGACACGGGGUCUGUGCCGGGGCCUCGGGGUCAGCGUGGAGCAGCUCCUCUGUGGGCGCGGCCUGGCCUUCCUCUGGCUCUUCCCCAGUGAGGCCGCGGGCCGGAGCCCGCACAGGCGCCACCCUCCCCACCGGGACGGCUGCGUGUGGCUUUCUAGGCCUUUGCUGCCAGGGCCUCUCCUGGGCCCAGCAGUGUGGCUCUGGGCGUUUCUUCUGGUAAAAUAAACCCGAGUUCCUGUAUUGCUGCCUCCAGCUUGUCCCUGGGAGACUGCACCUAUGGCUGAGCUGUCACGCUGAGGUAGGCGGGCGAGGAAGUAGGGCAUAGUGUCUCCCCCACAGCUUGUCCUUCCUUUCUUGGGCAUAGUUCCUGAGAUGCCAGGUGAUGUAUCUUCAAGCCAGAUAUUCUUGUCAGACCCUUGUCAGGACAAAGGACGUCAGGGACCGUGGAAAAGUUCCCAUCUGUUGCCGCUGCUGCUAAACUGAAGCUGGCUAGUCAUAGCCAACACGCGUACUUACGAGUCUCAGUGAUUCAUUUAUUUGUUCACUUCUGUUCUACAGAAUUUAAAAAAUGACAUUUAUAACUCAACGUGCCUUUUCCAUGCCAGAUACUAUGCUUAUUUGUCAGGAGACAGGAGGUCAGCGCAUACCUGAGCCUAAUCCAGCCUGCUGCCUAUUUUUAUGAAUAAAGUUUUAUUGGAGCA